UCGCGGGGAACAGUUUGUCUGAUGGACUGAAUAUUCUAGGUGCAUGGUUUUGUGGGCUCUCAUGUUGAGAGCUGAGUUGUUGCAGUUAAGUGUCCGGUAGCAGCGAGACACAGGUUGCUGGUGUUACUGUGCUCACUACAGUGGCUAUUCAGGAAAAAAAAGAGUUGCUGGAAAAACGAAUUAUGGUUAAUUGGUAUUAAAAGGCUGUUAUUAUCAUUCUUUGGCUUGAACAGCCUUCCUUUGGGAAAGACCAUGAAGCUGAAGGAGCUGGAAGGUUGUCUGCAGCAGGUUGAUGUGUUCGAAAACCCCAAAUUACUUCUGGAGCAGUACCCCACAAGGCCACACAUUGCAGCCUGCAUGCUGUACACAAUCCAUAAUACUUUUAAUGACAUUGAAGACAAAGUGGUUGCAGAUCUUGGCUGUGGCUGUGGGGUGCUGAGCAUUGGGGCAGCUAUGCUGGGGGCUGGGUUGUGUUUAGGAUUGGACGUUGAUGAAGAUGCUUUGGACAUAUUUAAAACAAAUGCAGAAGAGUUUGAACUGACAAAUAUCGACAUGAUCCAGUGUGAUGUAUGCUCUAUGCCCCCAGACUGCCUGUCCAAAUCAGUAGACACUGUGAUUAUGAAUCCGCCUUUUGGAACAAAGCACAAUAAAGGUAUGGAUAUGACUUUUCUUAGUACUGCGCUGCAGAUGGCAAGAAAUUCAGUGUAUUCUUUGCAUAAAACGUCAACAAGGGAGCAUAUCAAAAAGAAGGCUGCUGACUGGAAAGUAAAGAUGGAAGUAAUAGCAGAGCUUCGGUAUGAUCUGCCAGCAUCAUACAAGUUCCACAAGAAGAAGUCUGUUGAUAUCGAAGUGGAUUUCAUUAGAUUCGCUCUAGACUGACCCUUCUGUAUCUGGAAGUUAACUUAAAAAAAAAAGGCAUCUAAAAACCAAAGGCAUAGUACAUUACUGAUCCCCAACUUCAGUUUUGGAUUGUUUGACUGCAGGACCAUCCUCUGCUUUGUCAUCUAGCGCUCUCUUCUUUGGACUUCCUGGAGCAGCCGAAGCUCCAUUUUUUGGCCCUGCCGUUUCCUUUGCCUUUAUAGUCACCUUCUGGGGACUCUCAGAUUCUAAAAUGUGGCACAGCAAAGAACAUUCAGCAAAGAGACAUAACAGAUCUGAACAGGAGUUUGACUGCUCAUUGUUAAUUACCUUCCAUAUCAUCCUCAUCAUCACUGCUAUCAAAUGUUUUCUUCUUUCCUUGGAAUUGUAUUUUCUUUCUUGGAGAGCUGUCAUUUCCUUUGCCACCUCUUCCUUUUCCUUUGAAUUUCCUACCAUCUAAAUGGAAGUAUAGAAGUAAUGACAAUCAAGGUUUGAAUCAAAGUAAUGAUCAUAUACCUCCUGUAAAUUGAUUUGUAGAGAGUUUGUGUAAACCCUGUAGUGGUUGGGAAGGAAGAACGUGAUGUAUGUGUCCAGUUUACAGGCAUCUCAUAGUCAGAUCUAAUUUAAUGACAUGAUUUCUUCAUGUAAAAAAGGACAAGUCUCAAAUAUAGCAUAAUUUGCCAACAUUUCUCAACAUUUUUUUCUUUUCUCAAAUUUGUUUGAGUUCCUUUUUCAAUCAAAACAAACAAUUUCUCAGUUGACCACUUGUUAACAUCAGAUGCUCAAUCAGCACAAGGUUGUGCAAUCACUUAUGUGGUACAGUUGAACAGAAUACCUUAAAAAAAAUGUAUCUGUAGAGCGACAACGGAGUGUCUUGCUUAACCAAUAAACUAAUUACACAACCAA